AUGUUUACUUACAAAAUCCUGCUAGACACCGGUAUUGGCAAGAUUGUCCCUCUCGUUGGAACCCUCGACGGGUUUGAGAAGCAGACCAUUUGCAGCGUUGUCGACCGUUACCUGUCCCAGUUCGAUGACCCGUCCAACUUCAACAUUGUCAGUUCGAAAUUCCAGGGCUUCGAUAUUCCCGCCGACACUGUGUUGACGGAGACUUAUCAAGAGGGGAUUCAUGUCAAGCUGCAUACUGAUGAGGUGGGUUCUUAACUUCGAAGAUUUUUUUUGUUAAAUUUGGGCCAAUUUGGAUGGUUUUCUCAUACUCAACAAAAAAGAUGAUUUUCUGCCCAAAAAUAUUUUUUUUAUGCGAAAAUGUCCAAGAAAUUAUGAAAAUUUUUUUUGCGAAUUAUGCCAUGAAAAGUUUCAGGCCUAUUCCUACCCUAGAGUGUAAUAUUUCCGCAAAAAAUCAAAUUUUUCCGCUCAAAACUGAUAAAGAUACAGCGAAAAAAAUGUUUUUUCUCUGACCACUCUCCACGUUUCGAGUACUCUCUCGGAAAAUCGCUGAGUAUCUCCGCUGUGCUUGCAAAGCGCGAGCUAAAACUUUCAGCAAUUGAUAUAUGAGGAGAGACGGUCAGAGAAAAAAAACUUUUUUUGUAGAAAAUAUGUUACAAUUUAUGAGAUUUCCCAUCAAAAAAUCGUAUUUUCGGUUAACAAAUUAAGAUUGUCUCUCGAAAAAUCAUCUUUUUCUUUGUACGACUUUGUUUUACGCCAAAAAAACUGGUUUCCUAAGCUGGAAAGUCGUAUUUUCACAUAAAAAAGCCAUCGUUUUCUAACCAAGACUCAUUUUCGGCGACAAAUCAUCUUUUCUGCCGUUGAGUAAACAUUGCCUUUUCUGCUUACAAAACUUUUUUCUCUGACCGUCUUUUCUCAUAUAUCAAUUUCUGAAAGUUUUAGCUCGCGCUUUGCGAGAGCAGCCGAGAUAUUCAACGAUUCGGAGAGAGUACGCAAACUGCGGAGAGUGGGAGAGAAAAAAAAACUUUUUUGGCUGUAUCUUUGUCCGUUUCGGGUAGAAAAAUUUGAUUUUUUGUGGAGCCAUUAUACUCUGCUGUAGAAAUAGGCAUGAAACUUUUGAUGUCAAAAUUCGCAAAAAAAAAUUUCAAAUUUUUGCCAACUUUCGAGCUAAAAAAUCUCGGUCGUUUCAAUAAAUUGCGAGCUAAAAAUCUCGGAUAUGCUUUGAAAAAGGAUUAUUUUAAAUUUGCCCCAAGUUUCUUUCAAAUGUAAGGUUCUUACUUCCCCUCUAAAACCAAAAAAAUUUCCAAAACUUCAAGCAAUUUUUCAUCUUGAAAAUCUUUCCAGAUCCAUCUGAAAUACAGUUUCACAAACGCCGAGUAUUCCUGGGAAGGAAUAGUGGAAUGUGGGCAGACCGACAGUCUGGGCGAGGUGAUUGAAAGGAAGCUGAAGGAGGACGGCUACACUGGCAAGUACAAUGUCCUCAAGCAUUUGCAGUUCACGCUAGGACGCGAAAAUACGUUUGCGCUUUCGGAGGCAAUUUGGCACCUUCGAACCUACCGCGUGGAGCUCGAAGCCGUUGCUCCGGUGAGUUUUUUUAAAUAUUUUUUUCGAAUUUCAAAAAAUUUUUUUUUUAAAAUUUCCAGCGAUAAAAAAUUCUUUAAAUUUUGCACACUAGUCAGGGAUAGUCCACAUGUCAAUUCCUGAAAAUUUUAGCUCACGCUUUGCAGGCCUAGCCGAGAUAUUCAACGAUGUUUCGAGAGAGUACGCAAAAUGUGGAGAGCGGUCAGAGAAAAAACUCUUUUUUUGGCUAUACCUUUGUCGGUUUCGGACGGAAAAUUUUGAUUUUAUGUGGAAACAUCACGUUCCCCAGUUGAAAUAAGCAUGUAAUUUUUUCUUCCAAAAUUCGCAAAAAAAAUCGCAUUUUUGACAAUUUUCGAUUUCCUCCAUGUUUCAUCAAAAACUGUUUUUUCAGAUCCAUUUCGAGCUUGUUUAUGGAGGUGGAGAAAGACAGGGAUACUUGUGUGUGAAUGCGCCCGUUUACAAAUUGGUAUCCGAUAUUGCCACUGAAGCUUUUGAGAAUUUGCAAUUGUUUGGAACAUGCAAGCAGCACAUCUACAUCUACAGAGUUGUAAGUCGAUUUUAUUCACUUACAAAAAUAUUGGGAAAAUAACGUGGAUUUGCCGCGGCUUAGAUUUGCCUAUGAUGCUUGAUAAAACAAAGCAAAUAGAAGACAAAUCGAUCAUAGGCAAUUCCAAGGCGCAUAAAAUCCAUAUUAUUUUCCCGACAGACUGAUAAACUAAAUGAAAAAAAUAAGAAAAAUUAAAAAUUUUUUUUUUAUAAUUUUUUCUUUCAGGACCACAUUGAUGGCGAGGAGGUCCUAAAAAAGGUCUCAAAUGAAGCGAUGCAUCUGGAUCCUCAAACCUAUCGCGUCUUUUUUGUCGCCAGCGCAACUAACCAUCUUCCGCCAGUCGAAGAACUGAACGCUGCGACAGUUGCGGAGAUUGUCAAAGAAAGCAAUGAGAAACUGCGCUCCCAGCUCAACCUACAACUGGCUGAUUUCGUCGAAAAACGGACGAAAACUAAUGAUGAGGGCGAUGAUAAAAUGGAUGAGAUUUCGGCUCAACUCUUCUGCAUCAAAUCGAUGAUUGAGAAGAUGGUGGAUCCCAAAGAGUCGGCCGAAUACAAGACACUAGAAGCUCAGCUGGAUGAGGUCUUAAGACAUGAUGACUAUUAUGAGCGACUUGUUGAAUAUGAGCAGCGAAAAAUUGCCCACAUGGCCGACAUGAAAUCUAAGGAGGAUAAAGAAAAACUGGCAACAAAGCAAGCCUUGGAGGAGUUGGAGCAGCUGAAAGAGAUGAACAAAACUCAGCAGAACUACAUCCAAACCGUCGAGGGGAAAUUGGAGCACUUGAAGAGUGAGCUGGAAGAGAACAGGAAGAAAAUUGGCUCUCUUAUUGACGAAAAGGUCCAGCUGAAUGAACUGAUCGCGGAGCUGACAAAGAAGUUGAAGGAGAAGGAAGAGAAUGCUCUGCAAAACGAAGAAAAGAAAGAGAAAAGGGAGGAAGUCGCAGCCCAGAAGAGCGAAGAAUCCGAUGAAGCCGACUCCACAAAACCCACAGUAGAUUUCUGCUUCCCUGAAGUGGUCACCGAAGAUUUCGCAGUCCAAAAAUCCCGUCUACUCGAGGAAAUCAGAGCCUUGAAGGACGAGGUCAGCGCUCAUCACAUGGCGGAAUUGGAUCUCAACUUGCAGCUGGCAAAUCUGCGGGCAAAGUAUACGGAGGUUGUGGACGAGAACAAGAGGUUGGAAAGACGUUUAGAGGCGGAGAAGGAGAAGGCCAUCCAAAGAGAACUUGAAGAUGAGGUGAAUGAACUUGCCGAGGAAGAAAAAGAAGAAGAGAAGGAAGAACAGAAGGAAGAAAAUGAAGAACAAAAUGAAAAUAAGGAAGAAAAAGAUGAAUCUUCUGACCCGGAAGACUAUGAAAUUGUCGAUAAAAAUUUCAUCGAUUCAGACUGCCGCAGCACCUACUCUAGCGCAGAAGAAUGA